AUGCGUGACAUUAUCGUCUUCUCUGGGUCCUCCAAUCCAGAGCUCACAGACCGGAUCUGCCGCAACCUCGGCCUGCCGCCGGGCAAGGUUGAGCUCAAAAAGUUUGCCAACGGCGAAACGUCGGUGCACUUUGGCGACUCCGUGCGGGAAAAAGACGUUUUUAUUGUCCAGUCGGGCGCAGGCCACGUUAACGACCUCUUUAUGCAGCUGCUGAUUAUGAUUUCCGCGUGCAAGAUGGCUUCCGCAAAAAGGAUCACCGUUGUGUGUCCACUAUUCUUCUACUCGCGUCAAGUCGAGUCUCAGGCCAGUAAACGGGGUGUUCCUGGAGGGGCCCAGCACAGAGGGUCAAAAGUGCCCGAUAGCGUGCCGCAGUCGCCGAAACUGCCAUCUAGGGUCAAUGUCCGCGACCCAAGCCCGAGAAACGUGCUCAGCCACCGCGCCAUCAGCACUAGCUCGUCGCUCAAGACACUGCACACCAACGAGGCCUCGAUCGCCAAUCCAACAGGAUACCGUUCCUGGAUAGCCCAGAGCGGCACCUUGAUUGCGAACCUGCUCACCUCGGCCGGUGCCAACCAUAUAAUCACCAUGGAUCUGCAUGAUGCCCAGUUCCAGGGCUUUUUCGACAUCCCUGUGGACAAUCUGCUGUCCAAACCAUUAUUCCAGCACUAUAUUACAAACUACGUGCCAAAUUAUAAAGACUGCGUGAUAGUGUCGCCGGACUCUGGCGGAGCGAAGCGUGCUGCUGCCAUAGCGGAUACGCUGUGCAUGCCGUUCGCCCUGAUCCACAAAGAGCGCCGGCAGAAGGUCGACACAGCGCAGGCGCAAUCGGAGCUGAUGGUGCACUCCAACCCGUCCACGUCGAGCUUAAACAGUGUCAGCUUCGCAACUCCAGGGUUCCCAGGCCGCCACUCGCCGUCCAGCGCACCCAAUGGCCAGCCUGCGGCUGACCAGCAGUACGUCGCCACGACGAUGCUUGUCGGAGACGUCCAUGACAAAGUCUGUGUGGUGGUGGACGAUCUGGCAGACACUUCCAACACUAUCACGCGCGCAGCCAGCCUGCUCAAAGACCAGGGCGCCAAAUACGUGUAUGCGCUGAUCACGCACGGCAUCUUCAGCGGCGACGCUAUGCGCAAGCUCAAAGAGUCGCAAAUUGACAAAAUCAUUACCACCAACUCGGUGGACCAGGCCGCACACGUGGCGGAGCUGGACGCCAAAGAGAUGGUCAUUCUGGACGUGUCAAGAAUUUUGUCCGAGGCAAUCCGCAGAAUAAAUAAUGGAGAGUCUGUGUCCAUGCUGUACGACCACGGGUGGUGA